AUGAACAGGCACAGGGCAGUACCGAUGUUUCCGUCCAGCGAAAUCGUGAUACAUGGAGACUUUAACGCCCACCAUGGCGACUGGCUCAACUCUGAUAGAACCAAUUACGCUUGGCAUAUUACACAAAUGGUCUCCGCAAUUACGGGAAUACCAGAUGUGGAUGGUCACAAACGAUCUUUGUUGGCCCUCAAACCUUCUACUGACCUCACAUACAGAGAACUGGCAAAUUUACGUCGACCCUUCUUUGGGUUCGACGGAUCAUUGCGUGGUCCGCAAACUAAGUAA